AAAACCUAUGAUCAGAUUCAAGAAAUCAUAAUAUAAGCCUCCAGUCAGGUUUUAUUACUGAGAGUAUCAAGUUGGUAAUUUAGGAAUCAGAAAUUCAAAUCGAUAUGCAAAUUCUAAAAAGUAUCCAAAUAUGCUUAUAUGAUAAACAACUUGAAUGCAUCACACAUACGCAAACGAUGAAUUGCAUAAAGGAAUGAACAAAAAUAGUGGAAAUUCACAUUUUGGAGGAUUGGGCUAAAUUACAAAAAUCAUACACGAGAUAGAUGUCAGUAUAAUUAAAAUUAAAAAGUUUUCAGUUAAAACAAUAAUUGACUGCGAUAUCAUUAUCAGGUAGAAUCAAAGAAUAAAGAGCGAUUGGAAUUUUGAUUGUCCUUAUUGUUAUAUUUGAAUCUUUAUAAGAAUUCCAAAAUAUACAUCUUUUUAGGAUUGAAAUUGCAGUAUUUCAAAUGAAUUUAUAAAGUGUCAAUAUAUUCUAAAAAUGUAUUAGAAAUUUUUCUUACUACCUGCAGUUUAUAUAAUUAUAAGAAAUGAAUUAAUAGAAAAAGACAAUUUUUACUUAAAAAAAGGCUGUCUAUGUUUUAGAGGAAUAAUUAGGGCAAGGGACCGGAGGCUAUGUUUAUAGGGCGUAUAAAGUUUGCAAUCAUUAAAAAUAAUAUGUUGCCUUAAAAGUUUAACCUAAUUUAAAUUACACAGAAUAAUAAACUUUAGAAAUACUCACAAAAUAACAUUUGAAUCAUGUUGUUAACAUAUUGGACUUAGAUUCAUAUAAUAAUGAGAUAAUUAUUACUAUGGAUUUAGCCGAUGGGCCAUUUCAAAGAUUUUGGUCAUUAUCAAAAAUAAAUGAUGCUGAAGAAAUACUACGCUAUUUCAUUUAGGUAUUCAUAAAAUAUUAUGCUUCAAGAUUGCUAAAGGAACACAAGAAUUACACCAAUUAUACUUGAUUCAUAGGGACUUAAAAUUGGAAAACGUAGUGUAUUAGGAAAUAAACAAUGUGAAACACCUAAAGUUAUGCGAUACUGGACUCAUCAGACAAUAGAAUGGGAUGAAAACUAUGAUGGUAGGGACACCAUAUUAUAUGCCACCUGAAUAAAUCAAUAAAUAGAUAUAUGAUGAAAAAGCUGAUAUCUGGGCUCUGGGAAUGAUUCUCUUUGAAAUGUUGUCAAGAAGAACAAUGGUGAGAGGUAUUAAAUAGUAUAAAUUUAUAAAGGAAAUAGUGUUUAAGAUAUCUUGAACAAUAUCUUAAAUCUAAGUUAGGAGUCUAUUUAUUUUCAAAUUGAUUAAUUAAGAAUUAAUAAGCAAGAAGGGGUUAAUGAUAUCAAGAGUCUCUUAAAAAAGAUGAUAGUUAGAGAAUGUAAAUAGAGAGUGGAUGCCAAAUAUGUCGUAAAAGAACUAGAGAGAAUUUUAAAUAUUUAGUCUUUGUAAGGUUAUAAUGGCUAAAACAAUAUGCAAAUAGUUAGGCCUGAAAUAAUGGAAUAAAUUAGGUUUGAAAUUUAAAAAGAAUUUGAUAUAAAAUUUUAAGAGGAAUAAGAAAAAUUAGCAGAAUAACAUAAAUUAGAUAUAGAACAACAUAAAAAUGAGAUUACGGAAUAUUAUCAAAAACAAUUAAUUGAGUAGAAAAUUAAAGUAUAAAAAGAAACCGAAGAGAAUCUAAAAGCUUAAUAGCAAAAUGAGCUGUAAAUAUUGUAAGAAGAAUACAAUAAAAAGAUUGCUAAUUGCAAUUAGCAGUAAAUAGAAGGGUUAAAAUAUCAAUAUUAAGAGGACAAAUAGAAGUUGAUAACAUAAAUGGAAUAAAACUUUAAAAUAAAAUACGAAUAAGAGGCAAAAAAUAAAGAAAUUUAACUUCAAAAGGAAAUGGAAUUUCAGAUAUAAGCUUAAUUAUAAAAUCGGCAACAGGUUAGUAAACUGUUACUAAAAGAACAAUUAAAUAAAUAUUAUUAAGAAGAGUUUGAAUAGAAAUCCAGAAGUUUUGCCAAAUUUUAAUAGCUACUGAUGAGUAUUUAAUAGAGUUUAAAUAGAAAUAAAAUCAGUAUAGAAAUGUAAUAAAAGGAAUUGAUUUAAUAGUAAAUACUGUAUUAGUCCUAAAAAUGUUAAAAAUUUAUAGCUGACUACAAGUACCAAUUAUAAUAUAGACUUAAUUUAAUAGAAGAAAUUAAUUAGAAGCUUUCUUAAUUAGAAAUUACUAUUGAAUUUUUACCAUAAAACUAAUGCUGCAACUUGAUUAAAGAAAAUAUUUAAAAAUUAGAAGAAAUUAAAAACCUUCAUUAAGAUUUGAUUGUACCUAAUUUGGUCGAAACCUUUAUACAAAAUUGCAAUUAAGAACUAAAUUCUAUAAGAGAAGAAUAACAGUAUUAAUAGAUUUAAGAGGAAAAUUCACUUUUAAAAUCUGUAUUGGAGAGUUCUGAAAAAUUGGCAAGUAAAUUACAAGAUCUCUUCUUGAAAUUAAAGGAAGAAUUAAAGAAAGGUAAUGAAAUCAUAGGAGCUCUAAUUUAAAAAGAUAGUGAAUUUGUAUCUUCGUAUGAAGCAAUGAAUUAAUAGUAUAACUCACUUUAUGUAGAAUUCUAAAUUCUUUAAAACUCAAUAAAGCUAGGAAAAGAGGAAAAAUUGAAAUUAGAUCUAAUUGAAAAAUAAAAUAAACAUAUGAUUAAUCUAACAGAUAUGCUGAAUAAAAUAGCAUUUAAUUUAGAUUCAGUUAUUACCAUACUUUAAUUAUAAAAGAACAAAGAACAAUAAAUAAUCCAAGAUCAAUUAUAAAAUUUAAUAGUGAUAAUAGAAGAUUGGGAAAAAAAAAAGGAUCAAAUUAAUUAUUAAUAGUAACAAUCAAACUUCUUUAUAGAGUUAAAAAAGCAAUUUGAGGAAAUGAGUAAGGAAUUAGAUGUUUUGUUAGAAAUAAAAAAUAGGGUUGUCUUGUUGAUAAAUGAAUUAAAAUAGAAUAAAAAUUAGAACUUUAACAAGCAAUUCUCUGAUAUUGAAAAAGAUUUUCAAAUUUCCACUAUGAAAUUAAAUUUAAUUGAAAAUUAUUAUUAAAAAGAGACAAGGCGAUCAUAAUUAAAGCCUAAAGUGUUAUAAUAUGCUUAAGAGGAAUAAAAGAAUACUAAUUCUAUUUUAAGAUAACUAUUUGAAUCUGUUUCAAAGAGAAGGAAUGAUUUGUAAAAUUAAGUGCAAGACCUAUAAAAUAGGUGCAAUGACAAUAUUUAACUACAGCAUAUCUUCAAAUAAUUGGAACUAAUUAAAAAUAUUUGUAAAAAUCAGAACAAGAUAGUUUAAGAUAUUGAAAUGCUUAUCAAUUAAUUUUCGAUGUCUAAUUUUUAAUCGAUUGAAGAAAUAAAUCUAGAAAAUAGUAAAAUAACUUCUUAAAUUAAAAUGUUCUCUUAGACUCUUGACCCUUUAUUUUAAAGUUUGAAUGAAAUUAAAAAAUAAAUGACAUAGCCAGAGGAUAAAUAUUGGAAUGAUGAUCUUCUAACUCUAAAAAAUUUUUCUUCAAAUCUUGAAACAUAAUUCUUAGAUGUAAAAUUAAAAUAAAGUGAAGAAAAAAUUUACAACAAAUUAAAUGAUUCAAAGGAGGAAGUUUAUUAGAAUAUAAAAAAUUGUUUAAACACAUAUGAGGGGUUUAUUGAAUAAAAUGAAAUUUUACUCAAAGAUCCCAAUUUUAUGAAAUUGAAAGCAGAAAAUCAGGGAAGGUUUACUAAAAGAACUUAAACUUUCAUUAAUUGGGCUACAGAAUAAUAGACGAGAAUAUUAUAAAUUUAAAAUUAAGUUAAAUAGUAGGAAUAGUAAAAUACAGAUGCAUUUUUAGAUAAAUUCGUCAAAGAUUGUAAAGAGAUAGGUUCUUUCAUAGAGAAAUUAAAGAUUAAAAUUAACGAAUUAGAACAGUACAAAAAUAGACAUCAAUUAAAUGAAUAUAAUGAAUUAGCCUAGUAAUAUCAAAUAAAGAUAAAUGAUUUAAAAUUUAAAAAACAAUAGAACUAAACUGCUUUUUAGGCUCUUCACUUUUAUGCUUAACAAAAUUUAAUUGUCAACUGUGCUGAUGCUCUUUUUGAACUUUAUUGCUUAAUUGGGAGAAUGAAAAUUGGUAUAGAUGAUUAAAUAUAGAAAAACGGUUAAUAAAAUAAAUAAAAAAAAUAACUUGAACUAAAUGAUAGGUCGGAAUAUCUUAAUAAAAUAUAAAAUUGCUUUAAUAUACUAGAGAUGAAAUUAAAUGAAUUCCUUAAGGUUGACAUGUUUAUUAAAUAUAUAACAAAUAACCUAAUGUGCUUGGGUUAGGAGUUCGAUUUAUCAAAUAACGAAGGUUUUGAAAAGUAACUUUAAUCAAUACACUAAGGUUUGAGAGUUCAAAUCAAGGAAGAAACACAAGCAAUCUAAGUGAAGAAUACAGUGAAAAUAAAAAGUAAGUUAAAAAAUUCAGAUGAUAUAAAAGGACUUUAACAACUCAUGUAAAAUUAUAUCCCGAAAGCAAAUGGAUAUAGUGAUUAAGCAAGUAAAAUGAUAUUAGGAUUAAGGGAAAUUUUAAAACAUAACUAUUGA